UGAAUUCAAACCUUCCUUUGCUUAACUUGUGUAAUUUACAGCCGUUCCAAAAUGUUGUAUAGAACACUAGUGUUGACACUAAUUCUCAGUUACCUGUGCACUUUCAACUUGUCACACGGAUGGAUUAUCACUCGGGCUAUUGAUGCUCAAAAAGCUCUGAUUGCGCGUGAGGAAGCCCUCUUUGAGCAGGCAAAGACAGCAGUUAAAGACAGAACCGAUAACGCUGUAAACUCUGUCAAGGAAGGCUUACUGAAUGUGGCCGAACAGAUACAUUACUAUGUAACGUUUCCAGUUCGCUUAGGCGAUCAAGUUAUGCAGCGAUCCAGAGGUAUGCUGGACAACGCUCGAACCAUUGUUCGGCAUUAUAUAUCCACUAAUCCAAUACCGCAAUCUACGGGAACUGAUCGAGGAUGGCAAGAAAAAAAUAAUGCAACGAUUCUGCAGAGGAUACAGGAACAGCUUUCUGACGCGCCUAUUUUGAGGAUAGCACUCAACACAUCAUCAGAUGCGCUUUCCGAAGAGCGUUCCUAUGGAGUUAUUACCAAUAAUACUGGUGCAGAUUGAGAUACGGAGAUUAAGAGAUAAUGCUAAUUGCGUGAAGAAACUGCUGCGGCCCUAUUCUCACAGUCACGUCACCUAUUUAAUUCUAACCGCUAGGUGACGUAACUGUGACAAUAUAAUAUAUUUGUGUAAUUUCGUGCUAUACCGUAGUCAAUUUAUAGUAAUGCUAAUAAUAAUCGAUUCGAGCUACUAAUA